GCUAGUUGUUGUGAACUGGAGCUCACAAACCAGGCACAGUUAUCGUCACGAAAAAGGUAGGAGAGGCAACAUAUCUAACUUAGGGAUGUCACGGUUAUUUUUGCCAAACCGUUUUUGUGCCAAAUGUACCCUGUUAGCAGCGCGCGAGUCUCCUCUGUUGACACCGCGAGGAGCCGGAGCGCGAGUCCAGCCGCUGCAGUCACAGAAGCGGAUUGUUUUUAUUCAGCAACAGAGAGGAUAUGCCGGAGGAUCAAACGCAGCCUUUAACAGAUACAGUUCAAAGUCCACGAUUUGGAUGUGUGGGGUUGGUGUGGGGAUUGCUUUAGCUGUCGGGCUGAAGUAUCAGUCGGACACAGCCGACAGUUCCUGUGAUGAUAAAGUAACGGAAGCUCAGAGGACCGAUCGAUACAGCGAUGCCAUAAAAGUUAGCCGGGACCUUGUGGAGCGGAUACAGGUAGGCACAGAGGCUGAAGUCGGGGCUCCAGGGCUGGUGGUUGGGGUCUCUGUGGAUGGUGUUCAAGUCUGGUGUGAAGGGUUGGGUUACGCUGAUUUGGAGAAUCGUGUGCCAUGCGGCCCAGAAACAGUGUUGCGAAUCGCCAGCAUCAGUAAACCGCUCACAUCUGCAGCUGCUGCACGACUGUGUGAGGAGGGCAAACUGGAUCUCGAUGUCCCAGUUCAGAAAUAUGUCCCAGAAUUUCCCCAGAAACAAUUUGAUGGACAGGAUGUCACAAUAACCCCUCGUAUGAUUCUGUCCCACCUAAGCGGUAUACGUCAUUAUGAGAAGGAUGCAAAGAAAGUGAAGGAGGACAAAGAGAAAGCUAAGCGACUUUUAAAGCCUCCAGUCAAAGGGAAAGGCGAUGAAAAGAGCUCAUCUGAAAACAAAGAUAAACCUGCCAGAGAACUGAACACCAAAGACAAAGAAGCCACUCAGGCUCAGAAGAAAAAAGAGUUUGAGCACGAGGAAUACUACUUGAAGGACAACUUUGAAAGUGUCACUCAGGCCUUGGACCUCUUCAAGGACGACCCACUCAUUUUCAAACCUGGCACCACUUUUCUGUAUUCCACCCACGCCUUUACCCUUCUUAGUGCUGUUGUGGAGCGAGCUGCUGGACAGCAUUUCCUGGAUGUCAUGAGGAAGAUGUUCCAUGAGCUGGGAAUGCUCAAUACUGUGGCUGAUGAAAAUGACCCCAUUAUUUACCACCGCUCCAGAUUUUAUCACCUCAACAAGAAAGGACGUGUUGUGAACUGCCCGUACGUAGACAAUUCCUAUAAGUGGGCAGGAGGCGGCUUCCUUUCCACUGUGGGUGACCUGCUGCUUUUCGGGAACGCUCUGCUUUACAGCUACCAGGUGGCCCAGCUAAAGGACACUGAUGGCUUGCUCCCUGGCUUCCUCAAACCCCAGACUGCCAUAGAGCUGUGGGCACCCGUUGACAGGACAGAAGCCAGCUGGGAUAAGGAUGGACUGUAUGCACAAGGCUGGCUGGUGGUGGAGAAACUACAGAAAUAUGGCCACUGCAGGAAGCGCAGACACUAUGUGUCGCACACAGGAGGCGCAGUCGGGGCUAGCAGUGUCCUCCUGGUGUUACCCAGCGAGGAGAUAGACCAGUGCCAAGGACAGACCCCCCUCCUCCCACAGGGGGUGGUGGUCACCAUCAUCACUAACAUGCAGUCUGUGGGACUCAACAGCACAGCGCUGAAAAUUGCACAUGAGUUUGACAAAGCCAGAAGCCUGUAAGAGUAAGUUGUUUACAGAAAUGUGUGAGCUUAUCUGAAUUUGUGGUAUUAUGUAUUUUUUGAUGCAAAUUUUAAAUGAGUCCAGAGAAUGUUUUAGAAAAUAGAAAAAUAAGUGUGAUUUUGCAAAGUAAACUACUUAUGUUCCAUUGCAACACUUGGCAGGGGAGCCGUACUACCACUAGGUGGAAGCAAACUACUGCAUUUCUAACACAAAAAGAAGGCCACUGACUUAUGAUAUCAGUUUGUUGACUUAAUACAGAGAUUCAUGCUUUUCUACCUUUUUAAAAGCUAACACGAGAACAUUUUAAUUGAUAUGUUUCUGCAUUUGAGAGAAAUAAAAACAUUUC